GCACAAUCAUUGUCACCACGCAUCGCUGCAUAAUUUGCAUAGUAUUGAGGAAUACCUAGUUGUGUUGUCUGCCAGACUACACCCACCAACAGUAUCUCGUAUUUCUUCCAACCUACUCAUUUCAGUGCGUCUGGUUCGCCAUUCCCCGAUGUUGCCUCGGUCGAGGCAUGACCUGCCUAAUUCGGAAGUAUUCCCAACCGCCCAGUUGGUCCGUCUCAUGGACCAUGAAUGGCCACGACCCCGCGCGAUGUUAUCCAAAUUUAGAGUAUGCGGACUUCUAUUCCAUUUGAGGCCUCUAAGUCCUCUAUAAAAGGGAGCGUCAACCUCGCCUGAAUGUCUUCAGAGUACUCAUCCCCAUCUGACAGCAACACUGGGCUGUCAUCAUGGCGACAUCGAAAGAAUGGCAAAAAAUGCUCAAUGGUGAGCUUUAUUGGGCCUGGGAUGCAGACCUCCAAGCCAAUCGAGAACGCUGUAAAGCAGCGUGCGAAAGGUUCAACCAAGCUGGCCAGGUCUCCCGGCGUCGCAGGGUGGAGCUAUGGCGAGAGUGACAUUCUGGGUGAUAAGCGCCCUCUACCACCAGUCCAUCCCGAUCCCAAGGAAGACGAGAAGCUUUUCAAUGACACGGAUCCAGUUGUGGAACCUCCCAUCUCCGUGGAUCAUGGCUUGAAUCUCAAGGUUGGAAAGGGCACCUUUCUGAAUAUCAACCUUCUUGUUCUCGACACCUGUCUUGUGACGAUCGGUGAAAGAGUGCUUUUCGGUCCAAACGUCUGUAUUUAUGGGGCGACUCAUCCCAUGGACCCGGCCGUGCGGCGAGGCUUGGAAGGCCCAGAAGCCGGCAAGGAGGUACAUAUCGAGGAUGACGUGUGGAUAGGAGGUAGCGCAAUCAUCUUAGCCGGGGUAACUGUUGGGCGGGGAAGCACGGUUGGAGCUGGCUCUGUCGUGACCAAGGUAAGUUUGGUGUUAUGUUUGACUACCUCGUCUCUGUAACAGCAUUGAGUAACUGUUUUCCCAGGACGUGCCUCCCUUCCACUUUGUUGCCGGAAACCCAGCCCGCAUAAUACGCCGGAUUGAGACGAGCAUGGACCCUGACCAAGAACCUAAAGAAGGCCAAUCCGAGUAAUCAUACACUGUUCCCAAUAUUUGAUCGUCGUCUUAGCGAUAGGCACACCAUAGACAAUAGUAUACCAGCAGUUUGAACUUCUCA